GCUCCGUUGAGCCUACCGAACCCCCGCUACAUACUCUGGCUCGAAGGCAACCCAAGCCGCCGGCACCUGCCGCUCCACCAAAAAACGGUGACGCAGUCAAUGGAACUAUUCAGUGUGGAGACAGCUUCGGUUCAAAUAACCCAGAAGGGCAGCCAGGCUGGCUCUCUUGCAGGAGCUUCGCGGGGCUGAGUUUCUACUGCCCUACGGAUAAAUGCCACAUUGGAUCGCCCAAAGAUACUCCAUUAACGGCGCCAUUAAGUCGAUACGCCUUCCAAAAUUGUGAAUUGUAUUCCUCAAAGGAUCAUCUCAUUGUGAAUACGGCUGAGGUCGACAGUUUUAUGGCCCACAAUCUACAUGGAGUCUCGGUCGUUAAGGGACCCUCCAAAAACGUUUACGUUUGUCGGUGGCUAGAUAAAAACAAUGUGAACAGUGUCAGGCCUUGGUGCGAUGGAUGUCUCUACUGGGACUGGACCGAGCCAGAUUGGACACCACUCUUGGCGCAGGGCGAUUGA